AUGGCCGCUACGCGUGCAGCUAAACAAGCGCUUAGAAAAGAAAUAAAGCGACGGGUUGCAUUAUUAAGUGAACAGGAGAAACACCGACAGUCUUUAAUUGUUUGCCAAAAGCUCAUCAGACAUCCAAAGUAUGUGGCUGCCAAACGUAUUGCUGUGUUUCUCAGCAUGAAUGACGAAGUUUGCACCGAGGAAAUCAUCAAAAAUAUUUUCAAAGUGGGUAAAAGCUGCUUCAUUCCCAGAUAUGAGCACAGCAGCAACCACAUGGACAUGCUGAAACUCAAUAGCAUAGAGGACAUGGCCACACUACCCAAGACAUCUUGGAAUAUCCUGCAGCCUGCUGAAGAUGACGGGAGCAGAGAAGAAGCAUUGUCUGCAGGGGGUCUGGAUCUCAUCUUAAUGCCAGGUCUGGGGUUUGACCUGUCAGGGAAGCGUCUGGGUAGAGGAAAGGGUUUCUACGACACCUAUCUGGAGCGCUGCUUUCAGCAUCCCAAAGGGAAGCCCCACACCAUCGCGUUGGCCUACAAAGAGCAAUUGUGUCAGGACAUUCCAGUUGACGACAACGAUGUGCUUAUUGAUGAAGUCCUUUAUGAAGAUGAACAGUAA